AUGUCUUCCAAAUACGCUGCAGCCCACCAGUCCCCACAAGGGCCCGGUGACGCCCGCCCAACCGCCCUCCAAAUCAUUAAAGACCAAAACCUCGAAGACAAGCUCUCCGACAAAACCAUCCUAAUCACCGGCUGCUCCUCCGGACUAGGUGUCGAGACCGCGCGCGCACUCCACACCACCGGUGCAACCCUUUACUUAACCGUCCGUGAUGUCAAAAAGGCAGAGGCCAAUCUCGGCGACCUAGCCAAAAGCCCUCGAGUCCAUUUCCUCCACUUGGAACUGAACUCCCUCGACUCCGUGCGCGCCUGCGUAGAAGAUUUCAAAUCCAAGAGCAAGAAGCUCAAUAUUCUCAUUGAAAAUGCCGGCGUCAUGGCCUGCCCGGAAGGCCGAACGGCAGAUGGUUUCGAGACUCAGAUCGGCAGUAACCACCUGGCGCACUUCCUUCUCUUUAACCUUCUGAAACCCACCCUCCUGGCUUCCUCAACGCCCGAAUUCAACUCCCGAGUCGUGAUUCUCUCCUCCGUCGCUCACAGAAUGUCAAGCGUCCACCUCGACAAUAUCAACCUCGAGGGCGAAUACGAGCCAUGGAAAUCAUACGGCCAGAGCAAGACAGCGGGGAUUUGGGCCGCUAACGAGAUUGAAAGACGGUAUGGUGCUCAGGGUCUUCACGCUUUUAGUGUGCAUCCGGGUGGCAUCAAUACGGAUCUCCAGCGCCAUACUUCGCAGGAGCAGCAGACAGCUUGGAGUCAAGAUGAAACACUGAUGAAGAUUUUCAAGAGUCCGCAACAGGGUGCUGCCACGACUGUGCUGGCGGCUGUCGCCAAGGACCUUGAGGGCCAGGGAGGGAAGUACUUGGAGGACUGUCAGAUUUCUGAGCCAUAUGACCCGAGUAAUGGUCUCUGGGGUCCGGGGUAUGCUUCUUGGGCGUAUGAUGUGGACGGAGAGAGGAAGUUCUGGAAGUUGAGCUUGGAGCUGGUCGGCCUGAAGGAUGAGUAUAUUUAUCAGUAG